AUGACCACCCAGCCUCAGCUAGAAGUAGCAGCCAGAGAAGUCAUCCACCGACUCCAGGAUAUCGAGGAGUUCCAAAAUGUCAGAAUCCUGAUUAUUGGUGGCCUUGCUGUUAAGAAAUACCGGCCGAUGGUUCAAGAGACACGGGAGGUGGAUUUUCUAGUCGACCUUGGUCCUCGCCUUGAAGAGCUUCCCUCCGGAGCCUCGGAGCUCUUAACCCAAGGCCUCACAGUCGUGUAUCCUAAUGACUUAUCCCAACCGGCAGAAAUGCGAUUCAAAUUCAGAUUCAAAUCCCACCUGUCUCCUCCAAAUGAUAUACCCAUCAAGUUUGUAUCAGGCCAAAUUGCACCAUAUGUCCCCCAAACAGCAAUGACAAUUGCGGCAACAAAGAAAACCAAUACCCUCCCUUAUAUAUCCCAGUUAGACCUUGCCAUCAUCAAGAUUUUUAGCUGUGGGAUGCGAGCUACUCAUGCACAGAGAAGACAAGACGCCGUGGAUGCCGGGGAGCUUGUUAGAGAUCUCAACAAAAUCAUGCCUAUUCAGCCCUCGGCUCAGCAGGAUGCGGCCAUCCAGGGCUAA